CCGCCGUGGCCGCGGUGUCCUGGGCCGCUCUGGUUCCGGCAGGGCUGCGCCGCGCUGGGCCGCUGCUGCCCGGGCCGUGACCCGACCUGCGCGGCCCGCGGGCCCCCUCGCUGCUUCUGCGAUCAGGCGUGCAGAGAGGUCCGGGACUGCUGCCCCGAUUACGCGCGGGCCUGCCCAGCGGUCUCCUGCGUCGUGGCAGAGUGGAGCGGCUGGAGUCGUUGCGUCAAGCCCUGCCAGGUCUCUUACCGUCUCCGCCAAAGGCAUGUCCUGCAGGAGCCAAGGAACGGGGGUGCUCCCUGUCCCCCGUUGGAAGAGCGGGCUGGCUGCGUGGAGUACUGGAGCCACCAGGGGGUGGAGUGCCAACAGUCCUUGCUCCCUGCUCUGAUAACCACAGGCAGCUACGGGAAAGAACGAGAAAAGCGAGGUGUCCCCAAGAAGCAGGAGACAAUAGGGUACUGUGUCCAGUUCCGGCUGGGGCCCGUUCCAGGGAGCUGCCAGCAGGUGAGGGCACCCCAUGCCCAGUGGACAAGGUAUCUGACCCAGGGCCACACAGUUUGUGUGAGGUGUGAGUGGCCUGCCCAGGAUGCCAGGAGCCGGCGCUGCUACGGGGAUGGUGGAGGGGCCGGAGGGCACCAGCUGUCGCUGUGGCAAGCGGCCGGCCACCCCCGGUGCCGAGGGACCUGGGAGAGGCUUGGGCAGCUCCGGGACUGUUCCUGCCCCGAGGUCCACAGCCUCGUCUUCCUCUAGCAGCGGUGACCCCUGUCUGUCCAGAGCCCUUCUUUCCAAAGCCUCUCUGGGUGGCAGGGAAACCCCCAGGGCUUGGGAUCCUUCAGGACGAGGGAGUGGGGAGAAACCUGCACAUUUGAGACUGAAGGAACAAGCCUUGUCCUUAUGCUGACACUGAAAAUAGCUUUAUGUUUCCACUGGGUGCCAGCUGAGUCACAGCCUUAACUGCCAUCUCCCUCUAGUUCAGGGCUUCCCAAAUUUCAUCUCCUAAAUACACCCUUCUUCAUUUUGCCCUAUUUUCCUUACCUGUACCUUUUUUUUUUGACACCCCACCUCAUCCUUUUUUUAUUUACUUAAAUAA